AUUCACUUAUCCACCAUGUACUUCAUAUUUAACCUUUGUUUUCUCAACUCAAGAUGGUGCUAACAAGAUCACCUCCUGCAAAACUGUGAAAGCGAAGUUACUCACGUAAAGAGCUGAGUGUGCUGCAGGGCAUACAGUAAAAGUUCCAGAAAAGCUCCAGUCAUGACGCAGGAAGGCUGCAGUCUGCAGACCACAGAAGAGCCAGCGGUCUUCAGAGCCAUGUUGGCGGCGGUGGGCUCCCUGGUGGCCGCCUUCUGGGCGACGCUCCAUCUCCGGACGCUCCUGCUGGCUGCUGUCGUCUUUCUGUUCGUUGUUGACUUCCUCAAAGGCUGGCGCCCCCAAAACAACCCUCCAGGGCCCUGGCGCCUGCCCUCCCUAGGCAGCUUUUUCACGUGAACGUUGAGCAAUUGCACUUUGAGAUUCAGAAGGUAGGAGGAGGCAAAGGUAUCUGUAAAUCUUGACCUGCAGUGUUAACCUGGGCAGGAGGAUGGGUGGCUCUAAGGCUGAUACUGGCAACUGCCAAACCCACUCUGAAUUGUUUUAAAACUUACCUGUCAACUGGCACCAUUCUACCUGCCCCUUCUA